CAACAGCAAAAUAAAAUGGCAUCUAAGUUUUCAGAGGAGGAUUUGUCCUGUCCGGUGUGCUGUGAAACCUUCAAGGAUCCUGUUGUUCUGCUCUGCAGUCACAGUGUGUGUAAAGUGUGUUUGCAGCAGUUCUGGGAGACCAAAGGAUCCAGAGAAUGUCCUGUUUGUAGGAGGAAGUCGUCUCUAGAAACCCCUCCCACAAACCUGGCCUUAAAGAACCUGUGUGAGACUUUCUUACAGGAGAGAAGUCAGAGCUCUUCAUCAGCGUCUGAAACAGUCUGCAGUCUGCACAGUGAGAAACUCAAACUCUUCUGUCUGGAUGAUCAACAGCCGGUGUGUGUGGUGUGUCAGACUUCAAGAAAACACACCAACCACAAAUUCUGCCCCAUUGACGAGAGAGCAACAGACUGUAAGGAGGAGCUGAAAACUGCACUGAAGCCCCUACAGGAGAAACUGAAGAUCUUUAAAGACUGUAAACUGAACUGGAGUCAGACUGCAGAACAUAUAAAGAUUCAGGCCCAACACACAGAGCAGCAGAUUAAAGAGGCGUUUGAGAAGCUUCACCAGUUUCUACAAGAUGAAGAGGCAGCCAGGAUCGCUGCACUGAGAGAGGAAGAGGAGCAGAAGAGUCAGAUGAUGAAGGAGAAGAUUGAGAAGCUGAGCAGAGACAUAUCAUCUCUUUCAGACACAAUCAGAGCCAUAGAAGAGGAGAUGAGAGCUGAAGAUGUCUCGUUCUUACAAAACUACAAGGCCACAGUGAAAAGAGCUCAGUGCACACUGCAGCAUCCAGAGGAGCUUUCAGGAGCACUGAUCCAUGUGGCAAAACAUCUGUCCAACCUGAAGUUCAGAGUCUGGGAGAAGAUGCAGGACGCUGUCCAAUACACACCUGUAACUCUGGACCCCAACACUGUUCAUCCUAAACUCAUUGUAUCUGAUGAUCUGACCAGUGUGAGACUCAGUGAUGAGAAACAGAAACUUCCUGAUAAUCCAGAGAGAUUUGAUAAAUAUUGGUGCAUCCUGGGCUCUGAGGGCUUUAACUCAGGGACACACUGCUGGGAUGUUGAAGUUGGAGACUGUACACACUGGAUUGUGGGUGUGAUGACAGAAUCUGCUCAGAGGAAGGGAAGGAUAUUCUCCAGAAGUGGAAUCUGGUAUGUGAGGUAUUAUUGUGGUAAAUAUGGAGCAGAUUCUACACCACAGACUUUCACUUUCCUCUCAGUAGCACAGAAACUCCAGAGGAUCAGAGUGCAGCUGGACUGGGACAGAGGAAAGCUGUCAUUCUCCGACCCUCUCACUAACACACACAUACACACUUUCACACACAGAUUUACUGACGAAUUACUGCCAUUCCUACGUGUUAUUGGUAAAGAAUCUCAUCUAAAGAUCCUCCCACUUCAGUGCUCUGUAAGAGUGAAUCAGUUCAGUUAGAGCUGAUAUUGUUUUAUUCCAGUUCAUUAAUGAAAUAUUUUUCUGAAGAGCUAUGACGUUAUUUCGACUCGUCAGUUAAAUCAAUAUAAUGUGAAAACUGGAAAUAUUGAUAGAAUAUCUUAUUCUGAGUACUAAAAAAUAUAAUAUCUCAAAAUACUUAUACAUCUUGAAAUUCCUGUUUAUUAAAUGACUAACUCCAUCUUUUUCCCACAACUUUCAGUUCAGGGCUUCCACAAACAAACAAACCGCAGGAUGAAAUUAAAAUCAUAAACGUGUGUUUAAAUGUAGAAUUUGAAAUCUGAAAUAGAUUUAAUUUUAAAGAUGUAUUUUAAAUCAUUUUAAUAAACUGAGACUUUGAAAGCUCGUGUCGUUACUGUAUUUGUACUUGUUAGUGCUGUGCUGUUAAUCCUGGGUGAAAUGUUUAGCUGGCUGUGUGUGUUGUGUGUGAAACUGUGCAGUGGAGGAGAAUUCAAGCUCUAAGUUUCCCUCCACCAGCAGUUUGUGGUUUUGCAAAGAUCAGAUGGAUUUAUUCUUUGCAAAUUUCCAAAACAUAGGAUGGCAGUAAUAGGCUCAUUAAUAUUCAUGAGCGUAUCUCCCUUAGCUACUGAGCUUGUUCAUCCAUUAACUGGUGUGAUCACUGAGAGAAACUGGGUGAUGUGGAGAUACUGGAGCAUCUUGAUGUUCGGUCGAAAUAGAUGCUAAGAGUGACAGUUAAACACGUGAGAAUUAUUGUUAUAGUCUGAUUGUGUAUUAGCCAUUUUUUAUAUUUAGGCUAAUUGUAGAGAUUUAUGUUUAUUUUGUUCUCUGUCUUAAACAAUAUUCACCAAGAUUGUGUGUUAUUGUCUCCUUCUGAGUCAGGUUUAAGCUAGUUUUAAGUUCUUAUUCCCACUAUUAUAUCUAUCAGUAGCCUCAUUAUGGUCUCAUAUAUAACAGGACUAGUCACACUGGGAGAAUAUUAAAGGACUUAAACAUGGAAAUAAAACACAACAAAUAUUUUGGCAUGCUGGUCAUUUUUGCAGGAGAAUCCACUGGAGAAAUAAACAACUUUUGUUAACACUUUCUAUGGAGCCCAUGCUCAUAAUGAAUUAUAGCCCAUGUAUAAUCAUUUAUAAGCAAGUAUUACUGUUCUAUAAUACAUUUAUAAAGACACAUCAAGCCCUAUACUUCAUUAUAAUAAGUUAUAGUUACAUUUAUAUUAUUGUUAUAAUUACUUGUAAGUGAUACACUUGCUUUUUCAAUGCCCAUAUUCAUAAUGCAUUAUACACCGAUUUAGACGUAUUAAUUAGUCAGUCUUAUGGUUCCAUGAAUGUAUUUAUAAAGAUGCAGGCUGCAUUAUUAUAAUGUUAUUCUAUUAUAGUUAUGUUGCAGGUCCCACCUCCGGAGACCCGUGGACAGAUUACUGUAAAUACAGGAAACAAAGAAGAGAAACGGGAAUCGCGUCUGCUCUCUGCCAGCUCCUCUGUUUGUGUUAGGAGUUGCUAUGGAGACGGCCCCUAUACGCGAUCUUCCUGUUUUACAAUAAGAGUCUCUGCUCGGAUUGUUCAUAGAAAAAGGUCUUUUUAUAAAAUCGUGUACACACUUUCUGUGGGUACCACACUCAUAAUGAUUUAUUAGUAAUGCAGAUUUAUUUCAAUACCCAAUAAGUGAAUUAUUUUAUACUGUUGUUGAUAGAUGAAUUGUGCUGCCUUAGAAAUAUUUAUUCUGAGUGGUAAUACAAUUACUGACCUUCAUAAAUGUGUCACUGAUGGCUUUAAGUAAAGUGAAAGCAUAGGAUGCAAUUUCCAUAAUGCAAAUGUUAAGAAGUCAUGAAGAUGUGCUCAUUAUGUGUUAUAAUUACCUUUAAAAUAGUCUUUUAAGUUUAAAGGAUGGGAAAUCUACAUCAAGAGGAGACAUACUAUUAGAAAUUCUUCAGACUCUAUACAGGUUACAUCAACAAGGAAUAAUAAUUAUUUUUUAUGGGUACCAGCUCAUGUAGGGGUGGAAGGUAACGAAGAAGCAGAUGAUAUGACCAAAAAAGCUUUAAAGCAUCCAGCAAUAGAUAUAUUAUUAAGCAAAUCAGAAAUUAAAGGGUUAAUUAAAGGAGCAGUAAAGGGAAUGUGGCAAGAGAUGUGGGAUAAGGAGGAUAAGGGAAGACAUCUGUAUAGGACCCAAAGGAUAAUAGGGAACGAGAGAGCGGUUUGUGGCAAUAGAAGUGAUGAUACUGUUAUUUCACUUCUCCGAAUAGGGCACACUGCACUAAAUCAGACACUAAAUAUCAUUGGUAAACAUGAUAUGGCCUUGUGUAACACAUGUGGACUUCCAGAGAUGGUGGAGCAUGUGCUUUUACAGUGGAUUGGAUAUAAUAGUGAAAGAGCCUGGCUUGCAAAACAAGUCCUUAGGUUUAAGUGGCUUAAGUACCAUAUUCAUUAAUUUUUGUUAGUUUUACUCUAACUAAAAUGGCAUCUAAUUUUAGUGGAAAAUAACAUUUUAGUUGAAAUGCAAAAUUAAAACAAAUGUUCAAACACUUUAAUUUAUUAUUUUAAACAUGUGGCAACAUUUACCAGAUGUGUUGUUACAGAAGGAGCAUAUUCACAACGUGAUUUACACAUCCUGACUAUCACGUAUAGUUGUGCAUUCGUGUCAUUUUGUGCAGAUGCAGGUUGUAAUAUUGCGUUACAUAUUGUAAUGAUGCCUUAUUUAUGUUUUCUCUCUCAGUAAUUGCUGAAGCUGAGCAGGAUAAGAUUAAUUUCUAAUUAAAAUUACAGUUUAUUAAGGUGGAAUUUUAUGAAUGAUUAUUUAACAGUGCAGCACCUUUACUGCUGCCACUGUGUAAGUGAUUUUCACCAACAUUUAUUUACUAUGAUAAAGACCCAGGCCAUUUUUGCUACAUUUUUCCCUUGUAAUAUUUAUCUUCCGCUGUGAUUUUACCACACACUUGCUGUAACUGUACAGUUAUUUUGAUGGUAAUUUAAUGUAAUUUUACCAGCAGUUAUUUCUAAUCUUGCUGGAAUUUUACAGCAAUCAAAUAUUAGUUUACUGUGAUUUGACUGUGAUUUUGCAAUAUUAAUAUUUAUUUACUAUUGGAAAAUUACUGUAUACUGUAAGUGCAGUAAAUAUUUUAAAGAAAAGUGCUGUAUAUUUAUAAUACUGGCAACUAAAAUUACCUGUAACUUAUUGUGCAUUUUACAGUACACAGCUUCAGUGUAAACAUGCAGUAUGCUGCUGUGUAUCUAUAGCAAUACCUGACAUGUUUUACAGCUAUGCAGUAUGCAGGAACCGUAAAAUUACAGAAAAAAAUACUGUUUAUGCACA